UUCGCCCCUGUGCUACGCCACCGAGCUUCCUUCUUUCCCUCGACAUCCGUCCUCCUUUUAACUCUCCAGCUAAUAUCUCUCUCUAUAUUUAUAUAUUUUUUGGUAGCAGAAAAUUAGGCAGAUUUUAGCACCGGCCGGUAGAUGCCAUAAACGGGACGAUACCGAGAGGAAAUUCAAAAUAUUCUACUCCCCCACCACAGCGAGGAUAAAGGUCCAAGCUUUUGAUGACUGCGGCGCCCACAGAUCGCCACCAAGCGCGCGUACAAGCUCCAGGAGUUUGUCGCUCAUGGUUCGGAUGUCAAUUGUGCCAAGUUUGGGAGGCAGACAUCACGAGUCCUCAUUACUGGUGGGGACGAUCAGAAGAUCAAUCUUUGGGCCGUAGGGAAACCGAGCGCCAUCCUGAGCCUAUCAGGCCUUACAAGUCCAGUUGAGUCAGUGAGCUUCGACUCCUCUGAGGUUAUGAUAGGGGCUGGAGCAGCAAGCGGAACAAUAAAAAUAUGGGAUAUCGAGGAAGCAAAAGGUGUGAAUCAGUCCUGAUAGCACUUUGCUGCAUUACAGAUCGAAUUGUGUUUCUCUUGAUUUCCAUCCUUUUGGAGAGUUUUUUGCCUCUGGGUCUUCAGACACAAACAUGAAAAUAUGGGAUAUGCGGAAGAAGAGAUGCAUUCACACAUACCAGGGUCAUACCCGAAGGAUUGAUGUGCUUAGAUUCACUCCUGAUGGUCGAUGGAUUGUUUCUGGUGGGGCAGAUAAUUCUGUGAAGUAUCUUGCUAGAUCUGGGAUUUGACAGCUGGAAAACUCUUGCAUGACUUUACACUUCAUGAAGGUCCAGUUAACUGCUUAGAUUUUCACCCCCACGAGUUCUUAUUGGCUACAGGUUCAGCUGAUAAGACUGUUAAGUUUUGGGACCUUGAGACUUUUGAGUUGAUUGGUUCUUCUGGACCAGAGCUACAUGCAGAAUUGCCGGGAAUACUAUGAACCGGCUAGUGUAGUUCGUUCUAUGACAUUCAAUAGUGAUGGUAAAGCACUUUUUUGUGGAUUGCAUGAAAGCCUAAAGGUUCUUUCAUGGGAACCUAUCAUAUGUCAUGAUGUGGUUGAUGUUGGCUGGUCGACAUUAGCAGAUCUAAAUGUACAAGAGGGAAAACUUCUUGGUUGCUCAUAUAACCAAAGUUGUGUUGGAAUAUGGGUUGUGGACUUGACGCGAAUUGAGCCGUAUGCUGUUGGUAAUGCUGAAGCACAUUUAAAUGAAAGUGGAAAUGGACCAAUACAAGCUGAUAGUAGCAUACCAUCAAUUCUGGGAAGGUUAUCGGUUUCCAGAAUCCCAGCAGCCAAUGAAAUUUCAUCCAAUACUUUGCUUAAACGUUCGAUGUCUGCUUCAAACGAAAUUCAUUUACCAGCUUCUUCUUCAGUGACAAAUAGAUUAUCAAAAGCACCUGGAAGAACUGAUCUUCGGCUCACAAGAGCCGAUUCUGCGCCUCUUCUUUCUCCUAGGGGUAAACUGAAUCCAAAUUCCACUGAUGACCAGAAGAGAAAGACAUCUAAUGUCCGCACCAAAGUAUAUCCCUCCACAAGUGCUAGAAUGUUCACUGAUAAUUCACAAGCAUCUGCUGCUCCCUCAUAUAGACCAAGGUCCACUACAUCUGCAUGUAGUAGUAAAGGGUCAUCUUUCGUGCCUGUUGUCCCAAGACAUAGCUCCAAAGUGGAUGCCGGUCCUAAUCUCAGUGAAGCUGCCUCUACUGACAUACCAGUUGUCGAGCCUGAAAAUUUACUAAAAGGUCGUGUAGCUGUGGAUAAUGGCAAAGAGAUGCGUCAAUGUGUAUUUCAGUCAAAGCCAAUUACUUCAGAAGGGAAAUUUAUAAGACAGACUUCAGGUGAUGGGGACAUUAACUGUUUUGGGACAAUGUGUACUGAAAGCGUUGUGCCUAAUGAAGUUGGUGACCGUUAUGAUGUUUCUGGUUCUGAAGAAAUAAAAUCUGUGGUUGGAAGGAAUCCAGAGUUUGUCGAUGUCAACAGAACAGCAUUUUUCAGAUUGCACCGACUGGUGGAAUCAAGUGAAAGCAGCAUUGUUGAGCGUCGAGGAGCAGGACCUUCAUGUGCAAGUUACGGUAGAAGCCAUUACACAUCAAUGUUAGAUGGCUUGGUAAUACAUUACUUCCACAUUUUUAAAAGGAGACAAUCUUCAUUUGGCAGCGAACAGAGUGCAUCGGCUAACGAUGAAGAUGUCAUAGCUGACCUAAUGAAAAAACAUCAAGAAUUCAUUCAUGGCAUGAAGCCUCGGCUCACAAAACUAGAGCUGGUUUACCAGUGCUGGCAGAAUAAUGAUAUCAAGGGUUCCGUCAAUGCUGUGCAAAGAAUGUUGGAUCAUGCUGUUACUGCUGAUAUAAUUAGUGUUCUGAUGGAGAGUACUACUGAGUGUAUCACGCUAGACAUUUGCACUUCCGUUUUACCUCUUGCCUCCAAUCUUCUUGAAAGCAUAUAUGAAAGACAUCUGAACAUUGCUUUGGGGAUGAUCCUUAAGCUUGUCAAAAGUUUUGGUCCAACAAUAUGUUCAACUUUGUCGGCUGCUCCACCAGUCGGUGUAGACCUCGAGGCAGAGCAGCGGUUCGAACGCUGCCAUUCAUGCUUUCAAGAACUGAAAAAGGUGAAUUCCGUUCUCAUCUCCCUGACAAGGCGGCAAGGCAAUGUUGGGAGAUCGGCACGGAAGCUGAGCUUAUUUCUUCAGGAUAUCUUCAAGCUGCCAAGCAGCGUAUAGGCGGUGGACAUGCCGCAAGUCACGAAAUUCUACCCUACAGUUUUCAUCAUGAAAAUUCAUAGCAAUACAGGACUAGCAGCCACGACAGGAAAUAUACACGCAUCUUGAGCAAAUUGCAUAGUAUUUUCAGAUAGAGAUAGAUAACAAUCAAUGUGAAGCACCAGCAUAGCAAACCCACGCUUACUUCUUCUUUUUACCUACUUAAAUCUGUAGAUCACUCGGCAAAUGUAUAUGACGCCUUCAGCUGUGCAUACUGAUAGUUCAAUAAUAAAGUAUCAAGAUUUGUAUGCUUUUUAUUUA